AGAGGAAGAUGGGAGAAGGAGAGGCGCAUGGAAACGAUGUAUCUACACAUGAGAUACACAAGCAAGAUCAUGGAAGCGUUCUCAGUCAGAAGUGUUGUGCAUGAUGCACUGAAGCGCGUGGUGGGAGAGGAAGCAGACACAUGGCUGGACGAUAUCGUCUUUGGAUGGUCGUACAAUGAUCCGAUCGCCGCGUACGUUUGUAAGCCUAAGAGAAUCUUCAGGGACUUUAACCUCGAGCAAUGGUCGAAGGAUUAUGAUGCGGCAAGGUGCCCGUGCAGAUCUCAGAGGUACGAGCCUCUCCUCAGUAGCAUACCAAUCGAGCUCAUCCCAGGGUCGACACACCAGCACGUAGUCACGAUGAGCCCGGAGAUCACAGAUAACUACAGGCUCAGGGCCAUGCUGAAGGAAGGGCUGAACCAUGUCCCUCUGAAAGCGUUAGAUAUCGAGGAGGCUCUCUACGAGAUGGGACAACUCUUGGACAGGCUGGCGGAUGCUUCAGUCGGGGUACUGCAACUCAGCGACAGGAAAAGGAGGCUGAUGAAAAAACUGGCUCUAGACAAGGCGAGGACGAAGAUGUCCAGAUACUGGAACAAGCACCGUCAUGUCUCUGCCGAACCCAUUGAUCAGGCGAGCAUCAAAAAAGAGAUUGAAUUCAUCUCCAGGAGGUUCCUGGUCUUAGCAACGGACAAAGCAGCCAAUACGCCAACUUACGUUUGUGUCAACUUCAUCAGAGAACUGGCAUUGCAGAGGUUAUCCAGCCCGGACUUCGUGUUGCUGCAUGAGGAACCUGAAUUGUUGGAAGCUGCUAUGCAUGCGGAGACGGCGCACCUUGUAGCUCUCCCGCGUACCGGAGUAAAUCUUCCGUAUCUGAUGGCGAUCUUCAAAGCGCACAAGGGCACCUUUCGAUGGAUCACUAACACGGCCAACUCUUCAGUUUCGGCAAUGGCCGAGGUGUGCGCCUGCCUGCUCAGCUUCCUGGUCCCCUCGGUUCGAGACUUCUGCGAAGAAAAAAGCUUGUUAAUGGAAGCCGAGUACGGAACAAAGCCUAACCUUUGGUGGCCAGUCUCGUCGAUCGGCGAGUUUGCAGCCAGCCUUCCGCAAAUGGUGUCGUCCGUCUACACGGCUGACAUUACCAGGUGCUUCGAGCUAAUCCCUACGGAUUCAUCGGAGCAUAGCUUGGUCGCCGCGGUUAAGUUUUUUGUAGAAUGUGCCAUGGCACACAGACGCGACAGGAGCUCGCGGGACUCGAUCAAAAUCAGGGUCACCAACGGGGGCAGUAUGUUCGCAUCAUGGACGGACAAGCAUCUCUGCCCACCUGAAGACUGCAUGCAUUUCACAGAGAAAGAGGUCGUGUGGGUGACGGAGUGGUGUGUCUCGCACAGCCUAGUGCAGAUGGGGGGAGAAGUGUGGAAACAAGUGUUGGGAAUACCAAUGGGGCUGGCAUGCUCACCAGUGUGGUGCGACGUCUAUUUUUUUAAGUACGAAUACCAGGCGAUGAUCAGAUUAUUGGAACAUAAAUUGUACGAGUCGGUGCAAUCCUUCAGGGACACGUUCAGAUAUGUGGACGAUAUCUGCUCUCUGAACAACGCGGCGGUAGGAGACUGCUUCCGGUCAGAGUGCGAUCAGAUUGCGGACCCCAAGUGGAUCUACCCUGCUGAGUAUAUCGAGAUUAAGGAAACAACGGUGCUCAAGGGAGAUGACGGGCAAGGCAUCGUAGCCAACUUCCUCAACAUGACGAUCUCGGUCUCCUCUGCUGAACAAGGCGAAUUCGCGACGGCGAAAUGCGACAAGAGACACGAUCUGGGCUUUGUGCCUUGCAGGUACACGAGAUUCAACUCAAACAGGAGUACAGCGCAAUCCUUGCAAAUCAUCACCGCGCAGACUGCACUGAUCCUGAUCCUAUGCACUGACCCGACGGAGGCCACGUCCGAGAUACGCCGCGUGGUGGCGGGGAUGACUGACAACGGGUACGAGUCGCGCAGAUGUUGGGACGUCGUCAAGAAGGUCCUCAAGAACCAUCAGCGCUAUCAGCCGAGCAGGGUUAAUUUGCAGAUAACCCUCGAGAUUUUAGAGCAGACGUGCGCAAUGCACUAAGCGUGUCUGUGUCGGUGUGUGUGCAGCAUCCAGAGGUAUACGCUGUACCUGUACACAGAAUGAGAAAUCAUGUACAAUCCAUCAUUGCAGUGUAUCAGCAUACGGCGUAUGCUGACCCUGUG